GCAGUCGGCCAUGUUCUCUCGCUGGCAACGUUUUAUUUCGUACGAACUGCGUUUGGUGAUAAAAUGUUAAAACACGAGUUUCACGAGUACGAUUAUUUCAUUUAUUAUGUCAUCCUGGUAUCGCGUUUCAUACAAACGCAGCGGCUGCAACUAUUGUUUUGUAAUCUGUGGACUAACAAACGGCAAUUUUCUGUUGCUGUUCAAGACCAAGGUCAGUGGACAUUGAUUUUGCCAUUGAUGAGUUAUUAUUACAGUUAUUAACACAUGUGAAAAUUGACUCAGAAUUAAACAAAUAGCUGAAACCUGACUCUUUAUAGCAGUUUUUCCCGGUGAUUAAUGAAUGAAAAAAAAAAACUAAAUAUGUAUGUUUGCCUGUCCAAAGAAAAAUGCUAAACAAAACGCAUCAUAUUUUGCGAGAAAGCAUGAAUCGUACACUUUUUCCUGGAAUAAGAACCCCAAAUUUUGUAAGAAACGUAGGUCUCUUUCAGCACAAAUAAUGCUGGAGUAGAUUUUACCAAAAAAAAUACAGUUUCACUCUUUGUACCUGGAAUUUUUUGUUUAAUUUAGUGCGUGCUUGCCAUUUCUUUGUAAUUUUUCCCAGUAAUUUUCGAAGUGCAGUAAAUCAUACGCCAUACAUCUUUAUAAAAUAACUCAACAUGAGGAGGUUUAAACAAUUCAAAGCAGUAUCAUGUUUCACUACGAAAAGCCUGCAACCCCAUUUAAUGUGGAAAAAUACUAACGGUGCACAUGUGCAAGUGCUUAAAUGUACAAGGAGACAGGGUCUUUUUGUCAGCCGACGUAGUUUACAGUAAUUUGCCAGCUGCAAUUUCCGUUGAGAGUGUUUGCGUGGGCUUCCCUUGGGCUCUCUCCUCCUCUCUCCUCCUCCUCUCUCUGAGCUUGUUUUGCAGAUCGCUGUGCAAAUCGAAAGAGAAGACAACAAGAAAUCAUGGUUUCUGAAAAGUUUUACUUGCGCUUGCUCGCCUUUGUGACCUUGUUGACUGUACUGGCACUCUCGGAUGUCGCAAGUGAGAGCACUCUGGAAAAACUCUUGAUGAAAAAAGUGGACGGCGAGGUAAAGCCAGCAGCAGCUGUGGCUGUGACUCCCUCCAGGGCCAAACAGUUCCUGGCCUCCCUUAAAAGACCCAAGAGGAACCUGUGGGACCGGAGCCGCCCUGACGUUCAGCAGUGGAUCCAGCAGUUCAUGUACAUGGGCUUCGAUGAAGCAAGACUUGAAACGGAUCUGGCCUACUGGCUGGACCACUACCAAUCCAGUGACCAGGGUCGCCAGCAUCACUACGAUGAAAACUCUCCCAUGGGGCCUCGCAGCGCUGGCUCUUACAGGCACGGGGCCAAUGUCAACUAUGACUACUACUAAACACCAAAGGCAUAACCACUUUGAUUUACCAGAGUGACAGCAGCUUGAUCCUUCCUUCUGUAGCUUGUACUUCCUUUUGCAAAUGAAAAUAACACAGAAAAUGGAAAGUCAAUUUUAAUAGUUUACUUGAAAUUAACAAAAACGUAUAAAAAGUAAAUAAAAUAACCUAGGGUGUUUGUUUUUGAAAUAAAUGAACAAAAGGACAUAUAAAAGGACAGAUUAAAUUGAGCAAAGAAGGCAGUUAAUAAAUGUCUACAAAAUAUAUUUUGAACUUUCUGUUUAUAAAACUUAAAAUUGACCAGAAAUCUUUCUUGAACAACAACUGUUUGAAUGGUUUCUGGAGGAUCACGUGAGACUGAAGACUGGAGUAAUGAUGCUGAAGAUUCAGUUUUGUGUCUGACAAAUUUAUGAAAUUUUCAGGGCUUUGAUUUCCGCAAGGAGGAUAUGUAACUAAAUAAAAAUAAAAUUCACAGUUUAA